AUGUCCAGAAUUUCAAUUCUUGUCUUCGUCGCUUCACCACUCGACUACGCGCGUUACAGACAUGCUGCACUAUACAUCCAAUACGAGACCGGGGAUAUCAAAUCCUCAGUGGCGGAAGUAGUGGGGACAACGGGAUUCUAUAGUUAUUCCGAGCGAGUGAACUGGCAAAUACCAGUAUCAUCAACGAGUAAGAAGCUAACGGAAGCCCAGAUCUUGCGCGCGUGA